UUAAGAGACUCGCUCAGGGUCAGACUGUCUGUCCAUCGCGGAGCCAAGAUAUGCCUCCUGGUUAGAACCAGCCAGACAACACGGAAUUCACGUGACCUCCUGGACAUAUCGGGUGGCAGGUGGAGGCAGAAUUUGGGGGGUCCUCGCUUCCUGCACUGCUCUUCCUGCCCACCCCACCCCCACCGCUGCCCGCGCUCUCUCUUUGGGGACGGCGGGGUCCAAGCAUCACGGGAGCCCUAAGCAGGCAGGCGUAGAGCCAACUGUGCCUGAACUCUGCAGCCAGAAACCUGGAGGGAAGCAGAGGUGCCAUGGAAACCAGCUAAAAUGAACUGGCCUCCUUGAGCCUGUCCUGAGCCCUGGUGGCCACACCGCACCCCAGUGCUGAGAUGUUUUGUGAUCAUCCUGAGAAAAAUGAGUGUUGGCCUCCAGACCCAGUGAAACUCUUUCCCAUGGAAAAUAGUGCUGGCUCUUGAGGAUCCAGAGGCUCUGCAGCCCCAGUGUGACCAGACAGAAGCAGGCUUGAUUUCCUGCUCAGAACAGUGGCUUCCUUGAACAUACCUUUCACUAUGAUUCAUAUGAACUUGAAGAAAAAGUUCAGCUGCUGUGUCCUGGCCUUCCUCCUGUUUGCAGUCAUCUGUGUGUGGAAGGAGAGGAAGAAAGGGAGUUACUAUGAUUCCCUUAAAUUUCAAACCAAGGAAUUCCAGGUGCUGAAGAGCCUGGAGAAAUUGGCCCUGGGGGCUGGUUCCCAGUCUGUGUCCUCAAGCAGCACUCAGGACCCUGGCAGGGGAGGUCAGGCCCCCAACAAUCCUAGGGUCACAGCCAAGGCCAAACCACAGCUCUCCUUCCAGGUGUGGAACAAAGACAGCUCCUCCAAAAACCUUGUCCCCAGGCUGCAAAAGAUCUGGAAGAAUUACGUGAACAUGAACAAGUACAAAGUGUCCUACAAGGGGCCAGGGCCAGGCGUCAAGCUCAGCGCGGAGGCUCUGCGCUGUCAUCUUCGGGACCACGUAAAUGUGUCCAUGGUAGAAUCCACAGACUUUCCCUUCAACACCUCUGAAUGGGAGGGUUACCUGCCAAAGGAAAACAUUAGGACCCAGGCGGGGCCGUGGCGCAGGUGUGCUGUUGUCUCCUCGGCGGGAUCUCUGAAGUCCUCCCAACUGGGACGAGAGAUAGAUGAUCAUGAUGCCGUCCUGAGGUUUAAUGGAGCCCCAACAGCCAACUUCCAACAAGACGUGGGCACAAAAACUACCAUUCGCCUGAUGAAUUCUCAGUUAGUCACCACAGAACGGCGCUUCCUUAAGGACAGUUUGUAUAAUGAAGGAAUCCUAAUUGUGUGGGACCCAUCCGUGUACCAUUCAGAUAUCCCAAAGUGGUACCAGAACCCCGACUACAACUUCUUUAAUAAAUAUAAGAGUUAUCGCAAGCUGCAUCCCAGUCAGCCCUUUUACAUCCUCAGACCUCAGAUGCCUUGGGAGCUGUGGGACAUCAUUCAGGAAAUCUCUCCGGAGGAGAUUCAGCCAAACCCACCCUCCUCCGGGAUGCUUGGUAUCAUCAUAAUGAUGACGCUGUGCGACCGGGUCGACGUUUACGAAUUCCUUCCAUCCAAGCGCAAGACUGACGUAUGCUACUACCACCAGAAGUUCUUUGACAGCGCCUGCACGAUGGGUGCCUACCACCCCCUCCUCUUUGAGAAGAACAUGGUGAAACAUCUGAAUGAGGGCACAGAUGAGGACAUUUACCUGUUUGGGAAAACUACGCUGUCUGGCUUCCGGACCAUUCACUGUUGAGCAUGUGUCCCCAACUGGGUGCCUGUUUUUUUCUUCUUCUUUUUUCUAUGGCUGGUCUCUUCGUUACCCCAGCCUGGGAAGAGUUUUGAACAAUUUACAGCCUUCUCUUUCUACUCUGGGGGCUUCUGUGAGCAAAAGCUCUGGGGCUCUUGCUCCUGGCAGGGAACCAGGCCCAGCCUUCCCUGUAACAGCGUGUGUGAGGCCAGCCUCCUGCCACACACAUGGGUGCACACGUCUAACAUUCCUUCUAGAUGGUAUCCUCUCCUUCCACACAGGUAGAGGCAUGAUCCACCUUCCCCAAGGGGGCGGCCAAAGCUGGACUUUGUUUUUCCCAACUGGAUGAUGUCAUUUUCACAAAUCGCUUUCUAUUGAUUGGAAUCUCUACCUAAGUAUUCAUUUCACAUCUCAAAGAAACUCUCCCAAAUUGUGGUUUUGGCUAGGUACAGGGGCUCUGGGGUACCAGUGAUUGGUGUAGGACAUGGAAGUGUGCUCAGUACUCCAGAGUCAAGUUGUUCCCAAGGCACUACUCUGGGGAUAGAGUCAUGUCAUCACCCUGGCUGGCUAGGCUGGUCCUUGUGAGCAAAUGAUCUUAACUGGCCCACCUCGCUCUCCAUGUGGAGAAGAAAGGUGUAAAAAGAUACAAUCUCUGGGCUGGGGAGGUGGCUUGGCCGUUAAAGGAGCUUGCUGGUAAAGCCUGCUGGCCCACGUUCAAUUCCUCAGUACCCAUGUGGUGCCACAUGCCGUGUGACGGUGGGAGUCCAGUGGAGCCAGGAGAUUCUGAAGGACUUUGGUCAGCUAGUCUGAUGUUUGUUUAAUCUGGCAGUUCAUUUGCAGCAGCAAGAGACCCGCUCUCAAAAAAGGUGAGGCACAGACACACUUGAAGUAGUCCUCAGACCUUUCUCUCUCUCACACACACAAUCAAAAAACUUAGAGAUGCAAUCUUUGUCUUCAAGUUACAUUUCUGUGGAAGAAACAAACAUCUACUAGGCAGCUAGUGUGCAAGCAUGCAGUGGGCCCAGCGCACUGGGCUUUCAGCAAGAAGCGCUGCUCUCCACGUACCCGGGAAACACCAACUCUUCCCUGUGUGUGGGUCAUAGACUUCGAGCUGGGGCGUGUCAAGCAGAUUUCAUCUGUCAUGUUUACCUUUCUUUCUCAUCUGACAAGUAUCCAAAGCCAAUUUCUCUGACCUUAUGGCCCUUCUGUGCAGUCUUUCCGGAAGUGGGGGUGUAAGUGUUCUAAGACUGGUGUGGUUUUCCAAGUCUAGAACCUUAGCCAUAACCGAUCCUCACGGGGUGUGAGGUGCGUGAUACACCAGAUCACCGCACCCUUCACCAGCCUCCUGCUACCCAGUGGCCUGAGAGGCUCUGGGUGGGAACUGCUUUGCAAAUAUGAUCCUCACAUGGUUUUGUUGAGUCCCCUCACAUGUUGGGACACCAUGUGGGCCCAUCCAGUCUUAGUGCUUAAAUGACUUGUUUAAACUUGAAUAGUGACAUAGAACCAAGCUCCUAGACACAGGCCAGGGCUGGUCCCACGUGCUCACUGGGCUCUAGUGUUUGAGAUCCAGUCUAGCCGUCUUGGACCUGGGAUUCCCAUUUACUGCUGACCCCUUGUUUUUUGUGGUCAAUAGAAAAAGUCCCGAGUGACAAGCCCUGGGUUUUCUGUUUGAUACUCCCCGUUUGGCAAAAAUUGAGCCUUUGUUUCCAUAUCUAUAAAAUGGGGGCGGCAAUCCCAGGGCUGUAUGAGGAUUACAGGAAAGCUCCCAUCCUGGCUGCAUUGCUGGCAUAGAGCUAGCGGGUACCCUUUCUUUCCUCGCUUGUUUUGAUUAAGGGCCUGCUCUGUGAUCACACUGGGGCUGGGCCUUGCUGUGAGGAAGGAUGGUAGAGGGGAGCAACCCCUCCGCUUGGAACACCCAGGAAACCACCCAGCGGAUGGUGGAGGACAUGUCCCUCCUCCCUGCUGCCUGUUGGGCGUGGGUGGAACUCUUGGGCUGCGGGGUGGGAUGUGUCUUCACCCCUCCCGGGACAGUGAAUUCCUGGAUGACUUUCGUUCUGAUUUCACAUUCUCAUCGUGACUCUAAUGUUUCAUGACCUUGGAGUGCCCGGGAAGGUGGCAUUCUGUCAGUAAGAGGUACAUGUCGGUGUGGAGACUGAGACUACACUGGGUAGAAUCUAGUUUUUAAUUAUUUAAUGUGGGGGAUUAAAUUAACUAUGAUUCUGAUGUCUGUACAACUUUGAAUUCUGUGCUCUGUUAAGUGUGGAAACCCUGGUAAAGAUGCAAAUAUGAUGUGGAUAUCAUUGUAAAUGUGGUGAGGUAUUUAAUAUUUGUGACAAGUAAUUUAAAAACUAUGAGUGCUACAAGAAAGCCUCUUGUCUACAUGAGGCCUGCCUUCAGUAGCCAUCUAUUUAUCCUAAAUCAUGAGAUCUUUUCUAAUCCUUCUACCAAUCAAAUAAGCUAUUGCUCUUGAUUUAGAGUUGACAUUAGUCCCAGAAGCUUCUAAAACAAGCCUAAGCUGAUUCUGUAUUACCCAAAGAGUAUGUAAAAAAUUUUAAAAUAAAGUUCUUUUUUAAAAACA